AUGCGAACAUCAACAAGGAGAUGGAGAAGUGAAAGAGGAAGGGUCGAUCUCCCGAAAUUGGCAACGAAUAGAGCUAUUUUUUGUGCCGAUAUUCGCUCAGUGAACACGGGUUGGGGCAUUCUCCGAGGAGAAGUGGUGAGCCCAGGAACCGAGGAUUUACCCCCAGUCGCUCAAUAUUUGGGUGUACCCUAUGGAGUGGCACCUACAGGACAGUAUCGUUUCAAUAUGGCCAUCUCUGCCGCAAAAUGGACUAAUGCUGCGAAAGAUGCGCGGCAAUUGGGAUCAGUUUGUACCCAAGCCGGCCUGCCUGAGCUCAGUGUUAACAAGGCAUUUGAGUACACUUCGGCUCAAAAAUUCGACUACAUUCACAAAUUGUUGCCGAGGUUGAAACAACAAUCUGAGGACUGUCUUUAUUUGAAUUUGUAUGUCCCGGAGAGAUUGGAAGUGACAAUCAAGGAGACUCUUUUGCCUGUUCUUGUCAUCGUUCAUGGUGAUGAUUAUGGAUGGAACUCUGGCAAUCCCUACAAUGGUACAAUUCUUGCAGCUCAUGGACAAAUCAUUGUCAUCACGUUGAAUUAUCGAUUGGGAGUCUUUGGAUUUCUCGGCCGGUGUGAGUCGAGCUCUUGUCAAGGCAAUUCGGGGAUCUCGGAUCUUGUCUCGGCGUUGAAAAUGUUGAGUGGAAUCUUGCCGGCUUUUGGGGGAGAUCCCAGAGCUGUUACAUUGCUGGGUUGGGGUUCCGGUGCCUCGCUUGUCUCUCUAUUGAUGGCCUCUCCAUUGACUCAACCCUCUCGUCGUCUCUUCCAACGGGCAAUUCUCCUUGAUGGAACAGCUUUAGCACCAUGGGCAAUCACCACCAAUCCACAGCCAUUCUUCAUGCAAUUGGGAGAGAAAUUGGGGUGCGCCUCAAAGAACGCCUCUUCUCAAUUCAAUUCAGGCGUUGAAGGGAUUGUGAGGUGUAUGCAGGAGAAACCACCAGAAGCCGUCUCGAAAGCAGCUCAAAAGAUCGAAGUGCCGACUUUUCUCUCGGCAUUCGCUCCGAUUGUUGAUGGACAGUUGAUUCCCAAUCGUCCAAAAGUCUCCUUCUCCUCCGAGUUUGGUUCUCUAUUCAGAGAGAUCGAUCUCCUCGUUGGCACCACCACUCAUCCAGCUCAUCAAUUUCUCUCAAAUGAGGAUCUCAAGAAUGGAUUAAGUGCUGAGAAAAGGGAAAAGAUAUUCAGAACCCUUGUCCGGAAUCUCUACGAUUUCCAUCGAUCCGAGAUUUACGCGUCGAUCGUCAACGAGUACACCGAUUGGGACAAUCCACAAAACAAUCCAAAAACGAUUAGAAACGGUGUUCUGGGUGCACUGUCUGAUGUUCUUUACAAUGCGCCGUUAGUGGAAACACUUCGAAUGCAUUCUUCUGAUGAUGUUAGAGCACAGGGGAAGACAUUUAUGUUCGUUUUUGGUCACGAGACUCGUUCGUGGAAUUCGGAGCAGCCAAAUUCAGGAGUUCGCGGGUCAUUGAGUGGAGAUCAUAUUCCCUAUAUUCUUGGAUAUCCUUUAAUGAAAGGAGACAAGGAGAAUCGAUUAUACGAUGGUUUUUCAAUGGAGGACAAGGAGGAGAAAUUUCAUUCAAUCGCUUGGCCACAAUUCAAUCAACCGAAUCGAGAGGCUUAUCUCGAAAUCACUGAUCGUCCUCGGAUAAAGAACUACUACAGAAACGCGCAAGUCGGCUUUUGGACAGGAUUAGUGCCUCAAUUGCAGCAUGCGGGCAAGGAAGGAGCUGGGAUUCCGAAUGAACAUCACUUGUUGCCAAAACAUUUUGCAAAGGAAACAUUUUUCGGCAGGGUUCGUCCUUAUGGCCCAUUCGCGAAUGAGCCUUUCCCUCCACCUCCAAUGCCUCCAUCACCCCCGCCAAAGGAUAUUAAGAAACCGACAACCGCUUCUUUCCCCGAGACAACACCAUCGAGCUCAGCUGUGCCUGUCACUGGUGCCUAUUAUGGAACCUAUUUAACAUACAUUAUCGCUAUUGGAACUGGAAUGUUAUUACUGAAUAUUUGCGUGCUUAUCAUGAUUUGUCGACAGUGUGAUAAGACGAGGAACUCGAAGAAGAAACUCCAGCUACAGUAUCAGACGUAUGCCUCGAAUCACCAUGCUCCGACAGGAGAUAUGAAUUUUGGACUCAAUUCACCGUUACAGGAGCCCCUUCUCUCAGCAUCUCACAAGCAAUCAGCUUCAGCGCUUCGAUCCGGCGUCUCGCCGAGUUGUCCUCGUCAUGGAAGAGCUGCAAUUGCUUUACAAGGUUCUCGCGGGAAUUCUGUGGUCUCUGGUGGCACCGGUCCUCCUCCACUCGAAGAGAUUCAAGUC